UUUGAUAUUUGUGAGGCGGCGUUGUGUGAGUCUCUACUGAGUCUCUCCUGAGUCUCUACUGAGUCUCUCCUGAGUCUCUCCUGAGUCUCUCCUGAGUCUCUCCUGAGUCUCUACUGAGUCUCUACUGAGUCUCUCCUGAGUCUCUCCUGAGUCUCUCCUGAGUCUCUCCUGAGUCCUGGGUCCUGACCGAGCCCUGGGUGAGUCCUGAGUCUGUCGUCCAAUCGGAGGCUGGAGCCUCACUUUAGAGUCUCAUCUCAACGCCCAGAGACCGGAGCACAUGGAGACCGGGGGGCCCAGCGGGGGUCCCAGCCGGGGGCCAGGGGCCCUCUCUGCAGCGGACCUGGACUCCAGUACGGACUCGGAGGGUGAGGAGCGGGUGAGGAGGCGGGAGGAGCGGGAGGAGCGGGAGGAGGAGGAGACGCGGGCCGUGGCCUCGUCCCCCGACGGCCGCUACCUCAAGUUCUGCGUGGAGCUGGGCCGCGGCUCCUUCAAGACCGUGAGCCGCGGCCUGGACACCGUCACCACCAUGGAGGUGGCCUGGUGCGAGCUGCAGACGAGCCGUCUGUCCACAGAGGAGCGCCAUCGUUUCCAGGAGGAGGUCCAGAUGUUGAAGGGUCUGCAGCAUCCCAACAUCGUUCGUUUCUACGACUCCUGGAAGUGCCACGUCCAGGGUCAGAAGGUCCUGAUCCUGGUCACGGAGCUGAUGACCUCCGGGACACUCAAAACGUACCUGAAGAGGUUCAAGGAGAUGAAGUUGAAGCUGCUCCAGCGCUGGAGCCUGCAGAUCCUGAGGGGGUUGGCCUUCCUCCACUCCCGCUCCCCGCCCAUCCUGCACCGCGACCUCAAGUGUGACAACGUCUUCAUCACCGGCCCGACCGGCUCCGUGAAGAUCGGAGACCUGGGCCUGGCCACGCUGAAGAACGCCCCGUACGCCAAGAGCGUCAUCGGGACCCCAGAGUUCAUGGCCCCAGAGAUGUACGAGGAGCGCUACGACGAGGCAGUGGACGUGUACGCCUUCGGGAUGUGCCUCCUGGAGAUGAGCACCUCCGAGUACCCCUACGCAGAGUGUCACAGCGCCGGACACAUCUACCGCAAGGUCACCAGCGGCAUUAAGCCAGACAGUUUCUUCAAAGUAAAAGACCCCGAAGUGAAGGAGAUCAUAGAGGGCUGCAUCCAAACCAACAGCAGCGAACGCUACACCAUCCAGGACCUGCUAGAUCUCUGGUUCUUCCAGGACCCCGGUGGACCCCGAGACCCCGGUGGGGUCCGGGCGGAGGACCCCGGCGGGUUCCGGGUGGAGGAGCCCGUAGGAGUCCGGGUGGAGCUGGCGUCCGCAGAAGACGACCAGAGCUCCGCCCUCAAACUGUGGCUCCGCAUGGCCGGGCUGCAGGGCCGUUACCGCGGCAACACGGCCAUCGAGUUCCUCUUCCAACUCCACAAGGACGUCCCGGAGGAGGUGGCCCAGGAGAUGGUGGUGCUUGGCUUCGUUUGCGAGGCUGAUUAUAAGCCUGUUGCCAAGGCGAUCAGGGAGCGGGUCACCGUCAUCAAGCGGCAGCGAGAGCAGCAACUGGCGCUGGAAGUCCUCCCAAGCAGGCAGGAAGCUGUCAGCAACGAGCUUGUCGACAUCUCGGAGCCACCAACCACAACCACUCAGAUGUCUAAUCCUGAUUUCAGUCCCGCCCCCUCUCCAGAUUCCACCUAUCAGGCCUAUCAUUCCUGGAUGCCUCCACCUACAUCCACCCCUCCCUUGACACCUCCACCUACAUCCACCCCUCCCUGGGAAUCCCGCCCCCGCCCUCCCUGGACUCCACCUAAAACUACCCCUCCUUGGAUACCCCCACCUACAACUACCCCAACCUGGGUAUCACCACCUUCAUCCACCCUUACCCCACCUAAAACUACCCCACCCUGGGUACCUCCACCUAAAACCACCCCCCCCUGGGUUCCUCCACCUUCACCUCACUGGGAACGGCGUGGCUCGGUGGAAAGCCCCUCCUCCCUGAUGGGUACCGUGGCGACGCAGCGAGGAGGGGAGGGACAGAGGGCAGCGGAGGAGGGGGAGGGCCGCCUGACGACCCAAGAGUGCACCGCUGCUCAGGCCCCGCCCACUUCCAACUCUCCACCAAUCCCUUCACUCCGUUAUCCUGUGCGCAUCGAAGUAUCCCAGAACACACAAUCUGAAAUGACUAGCAGUUUCACUUCUCCUGUAGACAGUUAUGCCUCUGAUGUCACUUCUGGUCUGAGUGAUGGGAACGACAACCAAUCUGAGGACAGCUAUAAGAGUCUAUCAAACCGUCCCGUUCACAAGAUCCUCCGGAGAAGAACCAAGUCCCGCCUCCGAAUCACGAGGCUGUCGGACAGGCCGGACCGUGUGGUGGAGUGUGAGCUUCAGACUCACAACAACAAGAUGGUGACCUUUAGGUUUGACCUGGACGGAGACAACCCUGAACAAAUCGCCGCUGUCAUGGUGCACAGCAACUAUAUUCUGGCUUCUGAAAAGGCCGAGUUUCUCCAGCGCAUGCAUGACAUCGUCGAGAGGGCGGAGUCAGUGAUGAGGCAGCCAAUCCUAUCGUCUAAUACUGAGAUGCUGCCUUACCCCGGACCACAGGUCCUGCUGAAGGAGGUGUCGGAGGAGGAGGGCGGGGAGGUGCCCGGGAGCGUGGUCGUGAAGGGGGAGAGCACGGAGAGCGAGCUGGACGAGGAGGAGGAGGAGGAGGAGGAGGAGCAGGAGUAUGAUGAAGAUGAGGGAGCCAACUUCACACAGCAGAUGGGUCUGUUCCACACACUUCUGGGCAGAACUCGGUCCUCUCCGGCCUCGGGCCACUCCCCCAUCAAACACCUGUUCACCACAGGGCUGGUGUAUGACAGCCUGAUGCUGAAGCAUCAGUGUGUGUGUGGGAACACACAGAUCCACCCGGAGCACGCAGGCCGUGUCCAGAGCAUUUGGUCGCGGCUCCAGGAGACCGGGCUGCUGACGCGUUGUGAGAGGGUCCGGGGGAGAAAGGCCACGCUGGACGAGGUCCGGACGGUCCACUCUGAGUUCCACACGCUGCUCUACGGAACCAGCCCCCUAAACCGCCACAAACUGGACCACAAGAAGAUACUGGGUCCAAUCAGCAACAAGAUGUAUGCACAGCUGCCCUGCGGCGGGAUAGGGGUGGACAGUGACACCGUGUGGAACGAGAUGCAUUCCUCCGGCGCCGUCCGGAUGGCGGUGGGGUCGCUCAUAGAGCUGGCCUUCAAGGUGGCAGCCGGGGAGCUGAAGAACGGCUUCGCUGUCGUCCGCCCCCCGGGUCAUCAUGCUGAGGAGUCCACCGCCAUGGGGUUUUGUUUCUUCAACUCCGUCGCCAUCACAGCCAGACUGCUGCAGCAGAAACUCGGAGUCAAGAUCCUGAUAGUGGACUGGGAUAUUCACCAUGGCAAUGGGACCCAGCAGGCCUUCUACAGCGACCCCAGCAUCCUCUACAUCUCCCUGCAUCGCUACGACGACGGAAACUUCUUCCCUGGCAGUGGAGCACCCGAGGAGGUGGGCUCUGGUCCUGGGGUGGGCUAUAACGUGAACGUGGCCUGGACCGGGGGGGUGGACCCCCCUAUGGGGGACGUUGAGUACCUGACCGCCUUCAGUACUCUGGUAAUGCCGAUCGCCCAGGUCUUCAGUCCAGACGUGGUCCUCGUCUCCGCCGGCUUUGACGCGGUCGAGGGACAUCAGUCCCCUCUGGGGGGGUACCGGGUCUCUGCUAGAUGUUUCGGCAGGUUAACCCAGAUGCUGAUGGAGCUGGCGGGGGGGAGGGUGGUGCUGGCGUUGGAGGGGGGUCACGACCUCACCGCCAUCUGUGACGCAUCAGAAUCCUGCGUCUCUGCACUGUUGGGCGACCAGGUCGACGAGGUGUACCAGGCUGUGGUGAAGGAGAUCUGUCCGGAGGCCGCUAUCUCCUUGGAGCGAGUGAGACUCAUCCAAAGUGAGCACUGGCCGAGUCUGCAGAAGAUGCAUCACAACAUCUCUCCCUCCCUAUUGGAUGGCCAGCAGGGCUCUCCGAGCCAAUCAGAAGUGGCGGCUCGCAAGGAGGAGGCGGAGACUGUGAGUGCCAUGGCGUCGUUGACCGUGGACGUCACGCAGGCCGGCUCCGCCUCCGUCACCAUGGAAACCAGCAGGUCCACAGAUGAGCCAAUGGAGGAAGAGCCUGUCUUGUAGGAGGGGCUUAAGCAGGACGUCACCAGCACUCCUUUCCUCAUCACACAAGGGGACGACGGGAUUGUCUGGAGGGGCAGACAGGAGAAGGCGGGCCUGUGACCAUGUUGUAACCAUGGAAACGAGGGAAGUGAUAGUACAGACACAACUUCCUAAACAUUCUCUCUCUCUCUCUCUCUCUCUCUCUUUCUCUCUCUCUCUCUCUCUCUCUCUCUCCCUCUCCCUCUCCCUCUCCCUCUCUCUCUCUCUCUUUCUCUUUAGAUGACAGACAGGAAGUGGGAUUGGUUUCCGAGGUUGCUGGUUCUAUUGCCUUAAAAUGACACUGACUUUCUUCUCCUGUUUUGAUUGGUUCACCUGCCCUCUGUAAGCCACGCCCCCAGAGGCUUUUAGAACACUGUUAUUUUGUUGUUAUGUCACUUCAUGUGCUUCCUGUUUUGUUGUUGCCCACGGUUACGCCAAAAGCCAGUGAGUGUUAUGUCUUCUUAAACCGUGAAAUAUGAAACCUGUUUGAUGUUUUACACACGAGGAGAACCAACACACACAGACUGUCACACACUCACACUCUCACGCACACACACACCGUCUCACACUCUCACGCACACACAGUCUCACACACACAGACACUCUGUUUCUAGUUUUGAUCGUCUGUCUUUUCCUGGGAAAUGUAUUAAUGUAUUAAUGUAUUAAUGCAAUUUAAUUUAAUACUGAAAAGCACAUUCCUGACCCCGCCUCCCUCCCUCCCUCCCUCCCUCUCCCUCCCGCCUUCUCUUCGUUGGUGUUUUAUGGCUGAGUUCUAUAGUUAGUAGUAUACUGUAUAUACUCUAUAGUUAGUAGUAUACUGUAUAUACUCUCUACUCUAUAGUAUAGUAAAGUGUAUAUAAGUACAGAUUUGUGUCAAACACACUGUCAGUCAUGUGACUUCUGUUCCGCCCCCAGCGGCCUGUCAAUCAAACAAUAAACCAACCAGUG